CUUUGAGAGAUGCUUUUGUUAUGAUUAAGCUUCCGAUUGGGAGAAUGACGGAAAUGGAGAGCGCGAGAGAGUAUCACAUGGGUCCCGACGAGUCGUACCGGUCUCUACCGUCGGUGUACUUGGCCUUCUUGACCAUCUGGUUCAUCUCUGCUUGCUCUUGGACCUUCAACACCUACAAAAACCGCCACCUCCAGUCGAAUAAUUUGCAGUGGACACUAGCAUCUGUACCAUUACUUAAAGCCUUGCAACUCACAUUGUCUUUCCUCUUCUGGUAUUCAUGCUUUCAUCUACAAAUAUGCUCUCUGUGGAUGUCAUUUGGGGUGUAUGUAACUGGAGUGAUAUUUCAAACUGCUUCUUUUGUGUCCUUCUUACUCAUAUCUCAUGGUUACUGCAUCAUGUGCGAGCGUCUUUCAGUAACUGAGCGGCGUACUACUGCUUCCCUUGGCUGUGUGUUUUACUUGACUCUAGUUGGAUACAGGGCAUCUGUACCUUAUUUUUCAGUCCUGCUGCUACUUAACUAUUUUAUCUCGUUCUACGUGAUAUUCCACCACAUAUCUCAAAAUUUAUUACUGUUGCGGGAACAGUUAAGUUUUAUAGAUAAUGAGGAUGUGCAUGCAAUGCACGAUGCAGUCUAUACAAAGUACAUCAUGUUCAAAAAAUUUCAAGGUGCAAUGCAGAUAGUAGCCAUGGCAGAAACUGUGAUAUACAUGAACAUGGAUGACUCAUCAGAAAAUUACUGGAUUCGAUUGUUAGUUCGAGAAUGGGCACAGUUCUGCAUCUUUGUUUACAUAGGGUGGACCUUUAGGUCAAGGGACUUGGCACCGCGUUUUUCUGUUAUGCCAACUUUGAAAUCUAAAGGGGAACUUGCAAUAGCUCCUGUUUUUAGCAUUGAAAUGGAUGCAGAAACUUUCAAAGAUUUUACUCAGCAUGAAUGGCACAUUGGUGUGCCGACUUUAAAAUCUCGUGAUGAGAGCUCAAAGGAUUCUGUCUUGGUAAUAAUUCAGCAUCCUCACGCAUUUACGCAGACAGAAGCUGGAGCUGAAAAAUCUUCUCAAAGCCAAGCUUAGACACAGCUUAGCAAUUUCACUACAUGUUUUAUAACGCAUGCACUGAUUGAAACAAGUAUUCACUUGAAAGAGUUUCUCAAUCAUUCUUUGGCGGGUAGCUAUUUUGUAGACGAAGCAAGCCACCGGCAUUUCCCUUCAAAUUCCAAUGCAGGAAAUUCCCCUUUUAGAGCAAGUUUGGUUGCAAUG